AUGAUGCUAUCUCCAAUUAUAAAGAGAUUGCAACAUUUCUUAAUUCCAAAACAAAUCUAUCAUUUCUUUUAUGUAGAAUUGCUUAAACAGAUUAUGAUCUUAUUUAAUUUGUAGGAGAUUUAUCUAGAUAAGAUCUUCCAGAAUAAUUUUAAAAAGGGAUAAAUAAAUUAUUCCAAAAAGUCUUUUAUGAUCAGUCUUUUUACAAAGUAAAAGUGCUAAGAAAAAUACUUGAGUAAAUUUGUAAUGAUAGUAGAAUUGAUGUGUAAAUAUAAUAAUAAGUUCUUGUGAGUUGAAUUAAGGUAAUUAAUAAUUAUAAUUAAAACCCUAUUACCAGUUUAAUAUGAACCAAUUUUGCUUCAUUGGUAUUAGAACUAAAUGAAUAAAUAACUGAUAAUUUAAAAACAUAAAAUGAUAGAUAACAGGGUUAUUUGGAACUGCUCUAGUGAAUGAAUUAAAUUAGCUCAAAUCUACUUUAACAUCUAAAAGGUUAGCCAUACUUAAAGAAAUAGUUUGAGACAUUGUAUAACAAAAACUUCAAUAGAAUUUAGAUUAAUUAUAAGUUCAAUAAGAAUAAGGAUUAAUUAAAAAUAUUUCAUAAUUAUUGGAAAAUUAUUCUGUUUAUAUUAAUCUAGUUUAUUUAUGCAAUAAUCAUUUGAAAAAUAAAAGUGCUAAUCUUCCUCCAUAUUUGAGUGCUAUUUCUUAAAUAUGUUUGUAGAUUUUAUAAGAUAUUAACUUACCUUAAACAUCAAAUAGCAAUUAUGAAAUAUUUGCUAAAUAACUUGAUGAAACUUUGUGUUUUAAUUCUUUCUAAGUUGAAAGCGAUGCUUAAAGAGCUUAUAGAUCACAAAUAAAAAGUCAAUAUUAUUAAUAAAAAUUAACAAUAUAGGAUCAAGAUUUAGCAAUCAAAUUGCAGAGACUUCAACUUAAUUGAUUACUGAAAAUUGUUCUUUAUGCUAGUUGUAGUUUGAAAAUGAGGAAAUUAAUAUAGAGCUAUUAAUUUAGUAUUCGAAUAUUUAUAUGAUUCCUAAACCAAUAAAGAUUAAUUCAUAUAUAGACAUUUUUGAAGUUGUAGCUUCAAGUUGUUAACACACUUUUCAUAAAUAAUGUUUAUAAUUAAGGAAUAAAAAUUUACGAUAGGCUUGUUUAAAUAUUAAGGAUGUCGUAUUUGCUUGCCAUACUAUUUUCCUGUCUAUCACAAAUGCAAAGGAUAAGAUAUUGAUUUAAAUUUUGGAAUUCUUUUUAUUAACCCUUACAGAUAAAAAAAGUUGAAUAACUCAACAUUCCAUAGCUUCGAGAUGAAACUUUUUCAUUAGUACUUUGCAACUUAUUAUUUUAAUUAUUGAGUGAUUUAAACAAAUUUAAUUAAAAAACCAAUCAUAUAUUCUAAUAUAAAGUCUUGGCUCUAUUACGAAUAGUUUAUCAUGAAAAUUAAACCACUAUUUUUUAAGAAAUAGUUGAAAAUGAUUAAGAUAUCUUUUUUUAGAAUCUUGAAUUGACUAUUGCAAAAUAUUAUAAAGUAAAAUAAUAUCAAACUUUUGAAAUAAGGAUUGGAUCUAAUUCUUUAUGA